GAGCACCACCAUUGUCCUGGGGACACUCAGCAACGCGACGCGGGUGUUCAAAAACGGUGUCUCCCUGAAGAUCCGCGAAAUCGAAAACCAAGGUGAUGUCGAUUUCAGCCAAGUCGCGCCGCUUGCCAGCGGUGCCAGGACAAAAAAGAUGUGGCAAGAAACCGGAGACACUGAAGAUGCGAUGUGGAGCUGCUCCCAGAGCAUUGGUCUCAUAAGCGACAUACCAACCUGCAAAGAGCUUGUCGGGCCGCUGCCUCAGUCAUCCUCUCGUUUGUGUUGCACUUCCUCUUUGCCACAUGUUGAGCUUGACGUUUUUGUGUCCACGCAUGCACUUCCUCUUUGCCACAUGUUGAGCUCGACCUUUCUUUGUCCCGCAUGCAUGUCAGCCACCUUAAUGUUUGUUUUGACCGCGACAACCGUGUAG